UUCUCGUUCGGCGUUCCGUUCAGUAUACAUUUGCAAUUUAAAGGUUACGAUUUUCUCUUAGUUUAAUUUUUUUUUUCGAAGUUGAAACCCUGAUUUACGCGUGCGUUACCCGCGUCUCACGGCGCGUUUUGCGACGCGUAAGCCUUAUGUAGAGCUGCCCUAAGAGUUGCGCCAGUUGCACGGUUCACCUCAUGUACAACUUUAGAUCCGCAUACACGCGUGUCUCAAGGAAGUUAUUGUAGAAUAUUAACCUCGACAUACUCUGUAAUUUAUGUGGACACAAAAAAUUCAAUGAUAUUGAUUAUAAAGUUCAAUUAAUUUCAACGCAUGGUUAUUCUCUUUAGACAUUUCGAAAUUGGUGUAUCGUUUUCGAACUCACGUCAUUAAUAAUAAAAAUUCUGUACGUGUAAAUAGUGAAAAUAAAUGUGAUCAGUGUAGAUGUUUACUUUUUUAUUAACUUAAGUUAACAUUUGUAUUCUAAAAAUGCUUUUUGAGUUUUUAAAAAAUUUAUUCUGGAAAGCUGAUGAUAACAGUAAAAAGCGGAAAGCUCCUACUUCUGUGCAUUACAAAUGUGAUGUAGAAUUAAAAAAACAAUGCAGAGGUAUUCUGAAAAAUAAUUAUAAUCAGACAGAACUUUCAUACAAUGCUCAACAUCUCUCCAGUUGUAUGUGCAGCAAUUGUGCCAAUGUUUGUAUUGGUAUAAGAAAAGAUAGUUCAAGUUUUGACUGCAGUGCAGAAAAAUCAUUUAAAUUUUCCAAUAGAACUUUUCAUGACACUACAAUGUAUAAUACUAACAGGUUAUUAGAGAAACAACAGUAUUCUCAAAUGCUCAAUGAAUACAUAUAUGCUCGUGAAAUCGGUGCUAAUAAAAGUUGUGAGCUUAAGCCAGAAGACAGUGAAAUGUUGAAAAAUUCACAAAUAAAUUGUGAAUCUGAUAAAUCAUCAACGACUCGUGAAUAUAUAAAGCCAACAAAAUUAAAAGGAAUUUCACCCAGUAAAGCAAGAUAUGAUUUAUCUGCUUUGUCAAAUUUAACAUAUAAAGUUCACCAAGUUGACAUUGAAACUAAUGUGUCAUCAGAUAAAAAGAAAACUAUGACAAAUCUUCCAAAUCAUAAUGGAGUGGAAAUUAUAAAAAUGAAUACUUUUCAAGACUAUCUACAUAAUAAAGAUGUGGCCAGACAAGAUUAUCUCCACCAACUUGCCAAACAUUACAAUGAAAAAUUAAAUCAGCAUUUGGAAGAAGUUGCAGAAUUGAAAAAAAAAACUUUAAUGCUAUCAAAAUAUAAUAAACUUUCCAGAGAAAUUUCUUUGGAAGAGCGAUUAAAUCGAUCUAUACAACUGUGUGAAACCAUUUUAGAUGAAGACUAUUUCAAAGAAGAACCUAAAUAUCCUGAACUAUCUGAUGAAAUGUUAAAAAAAGUUAAUUCGGCUUUGGCUGAUGGUUUUGGAGAUGAAGUUCUUGUACAAUCAUUUGGUCUACAAAUCAGAAAAAGAGAUAUUCAAACAUUAUCAGGUUUGAAUUGGUUAAAUGAUGAAGUAAUUAAUUUUUACAUGAAUUUACUGAUUGAACGUGGGAAAAAUACUGAUUUUCCAAGUGUAUAUGCAAUGAACACUUUUUUUUAUCCUAAGCUAGUUGCUGGAGGACAUGCAUCUUUGAAAAGAUGGACAAGAAAAGUAGAUUUGUUCUCGAAAGAUUUAAUUAUAAUUCCUAUUCAUUUGGGUAUUCAUUGGUGUAUGUCAAUUAUUGAUUUAAAAAAUAAAAAAAUUUCAUACUAUGAUAGUAUGGGUUCAUCGAAUCAAAAAUGUUUAAAUUUAUUGAAACAGUAUCUACACGACGAAAGUCUUGACAAAAAGAAAAAAACAUUUGACUUUACUGGAUGGGAUUUGAAAUGUUUGAAGGAUAUUCCUCAACAAAUGAAUGGCAGUGAUUGUGGAGUAUUUUCUUGUACAUUUGCUGAAUAUGUUUCAGCUAAUAAAGAAUUUAAUUUCAGUCAAGAUGAUAUGCCAUACUUCAGAAAAAAAAUGAUCUAUGAAAUUCUAACUACAAAAUUACUUUAAAUUAAUGAAUCAUC